AUGCCGUCUUCUUGCACACGCAGUCAGACGGUAUUGACAUCGGAUUGCAAUUCUCUAUGUCCCGAAGGUCGUCCGUGUGUGGCGUAUACUGCUGAGGACGAAGACAAGUGCUCGUCCAGCACUUCAACGUUCGGGAACUGCACAAGCGACGACUAUUGUGCAUAUGAAUGCUUUGCUACAGGUCCAAACGACUUUGGAGCUAACGGGGCAAUCGACUUCAGUACGUACACGUUUCUGAUCCCUUUUGGAAGCGACGUGGAGCUUUAUGAGCAAGGGUCAAGAGAUGAGGAGGCGGCUGUCGAUGAUGCCAAAGUGGGUACGGUCGAUUUGACAUCGAAAUACCCUUUCAAGUCCAAUGAGGUACUGCAGCACAUUGAACCGCUCGACUUCAAGACGUCGACUACAGAUAUCGUGUUGGCUGGUGGCUCUAGUGUGUUUGGCGUGCGAGGAAAGGUGGUGAAAAUGCAGCUACCACGGGAAUUAUUCACGGCCGAUACCCAAUUGCAAACAGUAACGCUGGCAAAUUUCGGAUUGAAGCAGAUUCUCGAGUCGUCCUUGCCCUCAGGACUGGUCAAUCUUACGAUAUCCAACUGCCUCAUGACAAGCUACCCGAACGAUUUACAGGUUAUGAGUGAGCUCAAACACCUGGAUCUAUCGACGAACUACUUUGAGUUUUUUCCGUCAGAUCUGGAAUUGCCGAGACUACAGACGCUCAACCUGUCAGCAAAUAGUCUUGCAAGUUUUGAGGGCUCGUUGCCGAGUUUAGUCACACUUGACAUCUCACACAACAACUUCACUUCGAUUCCAGCAGCCAUUUUCGGACUGAAAGAUCUACGACGGCUAGAUCUUCAAGAAAAUCAUUUCACAGAUGUGAUACUCACAACUUCACAGUUUAAAUUCCUUCAAAAGCUUACCGAGCUCAAAGUAGAUUCGUUUGGUAAAGUGGCGUGCAACACGACGGAGACGCUUCAAACAAGCAAUAGCUCAAUCAGCGUGUGCGUGUCAGAUACGAAGCUGCCGUCCAACAAGGCACUUAUCGCUGGAAUCAUGGCUGCAUCUCUCGUGCUAUUUGUCGUCAUCGUCCUCAUUUUCGUAUUCAGACUUCUUCACCGCCGUGCGUUAAGCACGAAAUUUGAGCCAAAGAUAAUCAGUCUGCAUCGCGAGCUACUCAGCCCAAUGAAAGAAGCUCCUUUGUCACCUUCGCUCAGUUCAUCCGAUUCUUUGGAUGUGAAAUACCACCCCCAACGUUUUCCUUAUGAAAUGGAGCUUGAGGCACUGCUUUUGAACGCAGACGACCUCGACUAUAUUCGCAAGUUACCCAGCAAGCAUCGACCAGAUCGUGAUCAUCGUGAGACUUUUUUGACGAGAUUUCGUGGCUCCAGUUUUCUUGUGUGCAAGAGGUUGCAGCGAAAAUUUGUCAACGAUACAUCGGAGGUGCAGCGCUUUGCAAAAGAGAUUCAUCUUGCUGCCUUCCUUGAUCACCCACGGAUUGUAGCACUUGUGGGAAUUCUUUGGAGCCGCGUGUACAGUUUGGAGGCACUGUUUGAGUACAUGGAUGGAGGUAACCUGCGUUCAUAUUUGGCAGAAGUCAAAAAUGCUGAAGGCUUACGCUCAUGGCGGUCACAGAGUGUCUGGAAACUCCAAGUUGCGUUUGAUACUGCUGAAGCGUUAGCGUAUGCACAUUCGUUCUCACCAAAGCUUGUGCACCGUGCUCUUACUUCCCACAGCGUUUUGCUGUCCUCGCCACCAGAAUUACACGCUCACCUGGACAACUUUGUUUAUGAACAUCAAGAAGUUACCAACAUGUCGACUUACCCUGAACGAUCGCUUGAAGCGAGGUGGUUGCCACCCGAAGUAAUCACGGGUAGCGCUGAUUACAGUCCUGCUGCAGAUAUGUACGCGCUCGGAGUGAUUUUAUCGGAGAUCGACACUCAUUCGCUGCCUUACGAGAAUGCAAAGAGUGUUGUGGGCAUGAACGACAUGGAAAUCCUUAAUCUAGUGGCUUCCGGUAAACUGCACCCUGCUUUCACUUUCGGCUGCCCGAAGGGUUAUCAAAAGCUCGCACAGCAAUGCCUCAGCUUUAAAGCAUCCGAUCGACCGACUGCCUCACAAGCUGUCAUCAUGUUGCGUGCACUACCUUUCGUGGAAGAUCGUCACAUUUUGUAUACUGUCUAG